AUGAUUCUGAUGUUCCAGUAUGUGAGUGUCAAUUUAUGUACACUUUUGGAGGUAGGUGUGUGCCUUUGUCUUUUGUCUUUGUUCGACCGCGUCAAAAGAUGUCCAUUGGGCGCAGCUAGCCAACCGGAUGGAGAUGGAGAUGAGCUUUGGCUAGGCUACUUUUUCCAGACCCCUGUCCGUGUGGAGCAAGCAGCGCUUUCCUUGAAAAAUGCUGGAUCGAUCUCGAGCGAUCAGUGUCCUGAACCGCCUGCAUGCAAGGUUGGAUCCGCCGCGUCCAGUGCAUCGCUUGCUUGUCGUUAA